GUACAGGAAGAAUAUCCAACUCGUCACCAUGAGCGCCGCAGCAGCAGCAUCUCCAUCGAAGAAAGUAAAGAAGGCAAGCAAGCCAAAGGCUCCAGCAGCUCAUCCUAAAUAUGAAGUUAUGAUAGCUGCAGCUAUCGCAGCACUGAAGGAGAAAGGUGGUUCAUCUAAAAUCGCCAUCAAAAAGUACAUUCUGGGUAACUACAAGGUCGCUGAUGACAACAAAUCCAGUGCCCUCAUCAAAGCUGCUCUCAAGAGAAGCGUUGUUAAGGGUGCACUGAAGCAAGUCAAAGGCACCGGAGCUUCUGGCUCAUUCAAACUUGGAGAAAAGCCCAAGGCAGCCAAGAAACCAGCAGCCAAGAAAGUAAAGAAACCAAAGGCUGCAGCAGCUAAACCAAAGAAAGCCUCCGGCGAAAAGAAAGCCAAGAGUCCAAAGAAAGCGACCAAGAAGCCCGCAGCUAAGAAAGCUGCCGCCAAGCCAAAGGCCAAGACUCCAAAAAAGGCAGCCAAGAAGCCAGCAGCUAAGAAACCAGCAGCAAAAAAGCCCGCAGCUAAGAAAGCAGCCAAGAAGCCCGCCAAGAAGUAAACACUUUUCAGUGUUUGGUCGUAACUGACCCCCAACCAUAAAAGUCCUUUUCAGGACUACCCACUUUUCUCAAAAAGUGUCUAAUGACAUCUCGAAUUACGCUACGCACUUUAUUUCAGCCAAGCAUGCCCUGGGUGAAUUAUAAUGUAGGUAUUUUUUAUCUGAAUACAAUGCACUUGGCUUUGUGAUAUAUAGAUACUAUUUAAAAUUGUCGUAAUUGAACUUAAUUUGAUCAACAGUGGAUUCUUUUCCCCCCGACUGGAGUCUGUGAAAACAGGUCAGGCAAUUUACAGACUGCAUGCUAUGAUAUACCUGGUACGAUCAGAUAUAUAAUCUCCUUACGUAAUAAAAAAAACUGAAGAUUGAAAUUUA